UCUAUAAAACAUGCCUCUGGCUGCUUCUGGUUGUUAACUCGGGUGGAUCUUGGAGAAUAGGAAACUGUUUGCAGAAUAGCUCUUCACCAUGCAGUCCCUAUUGUUCGUCGCUGCAUUUGCCUUAUUCUCAGCAUCAGUGUUUGCUGAGGAGAAGCCAAAGCCCCUGGUGUCCUACUUGGAGGACGCCGAGGGAAUCGUUGUGGGGGGCAGUGAGGCACAUGCCAACGCCUGGCCUUGGCAGGUGUCACUGCAGGUCAAGUAUGGGUCUUACUACUAUCACAUCUGUGGAGGAUCUCUGAUCAGGAAGGGAUGGGUGUUGACGGCAGCUCACUGUGUGGACAGCCCACAGACUUGGCAAGUGGUUCUUGGAGAGCACGACCUCAACAGCGAGUCGGGUCGAGAGCAGAACAUUGCCGUCAGCCGAGCCAUCCUUCACCCCAAGUGGGACACCCAGAACGUUGCAGGCGGGUAUGACAUUGCUCUAUUGCAACUCUCUGAGCCGGCCACCUUGAACAACUACGUGCAGCUCGCUAAACUGCCUCCCUCUGGCAAACGUCUGAGCCACAACCACCCCUGCUAUGUCACCGGAUGGGGUCGCACUGUCACUGGGGGGGACAGCUCUCCCGUGUUGAAGCAGGCAUACCUGCCUGUGGUCAGUAUGCCGACCUGUACUAAAGACGAUUGGUGGGGCGCAACAGUUACGAGAAAGAUGGUGUGUGCUGGGGGUAAUGGAAGAGACUCUGGUUGCCAGGGAGACUCAGGUGGUCCCCUGAACUGCCGAGAGUGUGACAAGUGGUACGUCAAUGGCAUCGUCAGCUUUGGCUCCGGUCACUGCAAUGAGAAACAGAAGCCCACUGUCUUCACUCGUGUGUCCUACUACAUCAAAUGGAUCACCCGCAAUGCGAAAUAGGAGGCUGAGGCCAGCAGUACCCUGAGCAGCAAGGGAGUCAGGACCGCAGGAGCACCUCACCUGCCACAUCUGCUUCAAUACUUAAGAAAAUAAAGUUUAUGCAUGCAAAAUCAC